UUGCGACGCGUGACAAAGUCCUCCAGCUGUAGCCUUAACUAUAAAUAGAAAUAGAAGUUUCAAGUAGCUCACUUUGCUAAGAUAAAUUAUUAUUAUCACAAACAAAAAAAGGUGUAGUGAUGCAGAAAAUCCAAAUUAUUUUCUUGGUUUUCUUGUUAUUGUUUGUUGCAGAUUGUGAAGAAGCAAAAGUGUACAUUGUUUUUACUGAAAACCCUCAACCUAAGGAGUUUCAUAUCAAGACCUUAGCUUCUGUUCUUGGCAGUGAGGAUGCUGCAAGGGAGGCUUUGAUUUACAGUUACAAGCACGUGAUCAGUGGGUUCGCGGCCAGGCUGACUCCUGAGCAGGUCUCUGAGCUUGCAAGUAAAAAAACCUGGGGUCUUGGAAAUUGUCCCAAGCAGAACAUACCAUUUAGAUGGACCGAAGCUUAAGUGAAAACCAAUUCUUGUGACUCCAUCGCCAAACCAAUUUACCUUGAUAUGUGUACGUAUAAGCUCGUGAUAUAUGAUAUGCAUACACAAAGGGAAGUUUGUUCCGCGAGUGCAAACUUGGUGAUGUGACUCUUGUUUAAAUAAAUGAAAGCAAAAUGUGUUCAACAUGUGAUACAAAACAUAGUACAUAGACGUUUCCUUCUGACAUCUAUGCCCUCCAACUUUGGAUAGUAUAGACACUUAAACUUAGAACAAAUAGACGCACAUAUUCUACUCGGAGAGUUACAAUAGAGAAAUGCAUGUGUGAUUAACUCCUCUGUUGUUUUCUUCAAUCAUUGUAUAUGAAACUCAUUUGACUAAAUGCAGAAGUGUAACCCCCAUCGAUAACUA